CUCCGUCCCAAAAUUCCCCUGGCGCCUCCUUCCCGGGCGCGAACUCCAUUCUCUCUCCUCUUUCUUCCCUUCCCUCUUCACUCUCCCCUAUUGUUGCCAACUCUUCCUGAACCCAACCUUUACACAUCUUACCCAUACACUCCUCCUCCCCCCCCUCCAUUUCUCGUCGUCGUCGAUCUUCUUUCGCACCACAACACACCAUUAUUUUUUCCCUUCUCCCCACUGUCGUACCGUGGGUUAUCUGUGCUUAGCCUGUUUUCGGUUUCCUCUCGCCGCUUAAUCGCCUUUAUUAGACUCGACAACCUCCACCUCAACUCUCGCUAUCAUCCGGCCCGAUCGGACGGACACAUCCGCUUUCUAUUCAUCCUUAAAAAACUAAACAGUCUCCCCCUCAAAUCCCUUGAGGCGCAGAAUUCACACACAUCAUGGCCACAUUAGCGGAACAUCCGAUUGUCGCCCCGUCGACGUACGACCAAGAUAUCGAUACCUUCCUCAACCUCGACCAGCUCACCUACACAACCUCAGAGCCAGCCAGGCCCAAGGCGGCCCUGGCUCAACCCUCGAUCCCGACCACAGAGUUCAACGCAGGCGAUCUUCGAAGUGCCAAUUUCGCUGCAACGGGUCAAUCGCCGAUCGCAUUCCAAGGUCCGAGCCAUCAGUAUGACGAGCACAAGCAGCAGACCGGUCUUCCACCAGGGGCUCUAGCUCAAGCAAUGACUUUCAACCACACGAAUGGAAUGGGCUAUGGAGGUGCAAGCCCGAGUUAUAUGAUGAAUGGGGAGAUGUUUACCGGAACCCAGCUGAAGCGGGAGGACGCUUCGCUGGAUUUCAACACGAUCCCAAGCCGUAACCCUUCUGAAAUGGACCUGGAGUCCGAUAACAUGGGUACAGUUCCGGGCUAUUUCUUCUCACCGAACCCCAACAAGAACCAAUUCGUCGACCCCAGUGCCCUCGGGGGUCAGGAGGUGGUUCCCGCCGGUCCGUCCACCCAGGUCGGUCGGAUGUACCCCGGAAUGCAUCAGCAGCAGGCUGCGAUGGCCAAGGCGGCUCAACAGCAAAAGCAUCACGAAAUGAUGCGCCAACAGCAACAGCAACAAUUACAGCAGCAACAGCAGCAACAGCGUCGCAUGGAAGAACAAAUGCAACACAACGGGGCUCCUCAGGCCCAGCCCACUCGGAACACGAACCCGAUUGUGGAAGAACGAAUCACGCGCCUUUUGCAGCAAAUGAGACAAUCCAGCUCGAGCUCGCCGUCCGACUCGCCAAGCCCUUCUGUCUUGCCUCAGAUGGCCAAGGCCAAGAAGGAUGAACAGGAUAUGGAUGAGGAUGAGAGACUACUUGCCAGUGAAGAGGGCAAGAAACUGAGCAGCAAGGAACGUCGUCAGUUGCGCAACAAGGUCUCUGCACGUGCCUUCCGGUCCCGUAGAAAGGAAUAUAUUGGCCAGCUUGAGAGUGAGGUUGCCGCGAGAACUAACGAAGCUCAUGAGUUGCGUCUUCAGAACCGCGCUCUGUACGAGGAGAAUGCUCGCCUAACCGAUUUGGCACGCAUGCUUUUGUCGUCCCCGAACUUUUCUCAGUUCUUGGAUGAGAUGCCUGUCAACGGAAUCCCCACCGCUGCCCAGCCUCCUCAGCAGCAGCAGCAGCAGCAGCAGCAACUUCCAUCCCAGCCCCAGCAGCAGCCAGCUAUGCAGGCCAACCUGCCAAAGGAUGCAAGCCACGGUCAUGGGAACCAGGAAUUUGCCAUGCAACAGAAUCCUCCAGUCGGUAUGGUUGUUGUCCCUAACCAAGGACUCGACGUAGCUGCUAUGGGCAUGAACAACGCUGGCUGGAACUCGGGUAUCGAUAUUAACUACAACGCGUCAGUGUUCGCUGUCUUGGAGGUCCCUGAGCCCCCCGUACUCGGCACCGAAUUCUUGUCUGGCAAGUCGUCGGGUGUUGGAUCCUAUAUACCCGAGAUCCCGACCGCCAAGGAUGAUGCCCCCCUCAUGGACCGUAUGCCAGGGGCUGAGUCCACGGAGUUCAGCGUUGGCGUUGAGAACCCCAAUGUUGAAUUUGACGAAUCGGAUCCUGCCUUUGCUCUUUUCGCCGAUGUCCCGACUGCUUCUCGUCAAGAAUCGGUCGACGACUCUUUCAUGGGAGUUGAAUCGGAAAAAUCUGCGCACGCAUUCGAGCUGGUUGUUGAGAAUGAGUCUCAAGCUAUUGUAAACCGCUUCUCCUACCUCUGCCACAACAUGGAAGCCGCGUUUCAGCGUGUUUCCAUGGUCACAUCUCAUCUAUCAUGAUUCCCCAUGUCGCACCUAAGCCACCUCAGAUUAACUAAGAAUUUGUAAAGUUGGUUCUUGUGAUGUUUUUCUUUUUUUUUUUUUUUUACCUAGGCGGUUCAGUUAGCUGAAUCCGCGUCCGAUUUGUAGACACAAAUACCUUUUCCUUUGUUUAUGAUCCUGUGACUAUAUAUAUAUAUUGCUUUUUACUUGCGACUCAACUAGUUUGACUAUUGACUUGCCAGUGCUUCUUCCAUGUUUGAAAACUUCAGUUUUUCUCAACUUUUCCCCUUUAAUUGCUGGGUUGGAUGGAGUCAAUUUGCUGGGAUCGUUUCCUGGCAGGAUUUACGGGUCUGGAUUUUAAUUUUUGUUUUCAUUUUUCUUUUCUCUUUUCUCUUUGGAUUUGAAAUCGGAUACCUUUUUGGAUUGGCUAUUGGGAACCAAGUUGAAACUUACUGCGAAUCAAUACAAAAAAAAUUUCAAAUCUUUGUAGAAUGUGCUUUGAUGUCAUGUGCUGUUGUUGUUGCCACUAGAAGAAAGACAAAGGCUCUGCAGGAAAUACCAAGAUAACUACUUUGGUACUU